UAUCAAUCUAUAAAGAAAAAUGAGAACUGAUGUCCUAAAAGUUAUUCAUUUAAAUAAUUUCUUCAACAUAACUAAAUCAAAUGAUAAAAUUAUUAAAUAUUCUUAUAAAGAAGCUAGUAAAAUACUGUUACAUAAUAUAAGAAUAAGAUGGUUACAGUUUAUACAUGCAAAAACUAGUCAACAUUUUCCAGUGUAUUUAUCUGAACCUAAAACUAAAAUGCUGAAUAAAAAUCAGCCCUAUGGUUAUAUUCAUCAAAUUGUGCCACAACUCGACAAAGUAAUUGAGUAUAAUGUUGAAGAAAUGGGUACAAAAACCACAUCUGAGUUAUGUUUUAACAUGAUUAUUCCAACACAAGAUGUAAUGCAAUAUUUUAUGCAAUGGCAGAGGUAUAGAAAAUAUUGGUGGAGCUCUGUAACUACAACACCGAGUCUGUUUUCUUUGAGUGAUAUAAAACAUAAAGACAAUUCAGCCAAUGUUGAAGUGUUGGCAAAUUUCAAUUGUGGUUCUAAAAUUGUUGAAGCCAUAUCCAUUAAUACAAAUAAUGGUCCAGAAUCUUCUUUAAGCUGUAAAAUGGCACUUGAAGAUGCAUUGCUCACACUUUUACUAGAUGGAUUAAACAACAGUACCAAAGAGGAAUAUUUAAGACUUCAUAAUAAAAUGGCUCCUUACAAAAUUGCAUUGGCAUUGCAAUAUGAUGAUGUUAAACAUUUUGACACUCUCAAAGAACUUGCUUCACUUAUGAUGUACAAAUUGGAGUCAAGAAAUAUAUCAACAAUUUGUCCUAAUGUUGAACUGCCAUUGGAAUUACAGCUUCGAGAAAAUUUCCGUAUUGGUGUAACAUACACAGCUAUAAUUAGUGAAAACACACUUUCGAAUGGUAUAUUCCAUUUGUUGAAUAGCAGUACCAUGCUUAAGGAACAAAUACAUUUGGCAGAUUUUGAAAAUUAUGCCACAUUGCUGUGUGGUAAAUGAACUCGUAAAGUUGCAUUAACAUAACAUAUGUAUAAUAAAAAAAUCGUAUUACUGUCUGAUAAAAUAAACUUGUUGAACAAGAAACAUUUUUUUUAAUUACUUUAUCCUUAUCUAUACUGCUCCGUUGACUUUAAAGUUCAGUAUGUUAACUUUUAAUCAUUAUCAAUAGGAAUGUAGCUGGGAUAUGUCUGAAUAAUGCAUAACAUCGCUUCCAGAUUUAAUUUAUUUAAGAAUACUUAUUGUUAGAAGUUACAUUAAAAUCUUAAUUAUGAAAAAAAAAAUUGAUCUAUAUACCAAAUACUAACAAUUUACAAAAAAUUACGAAUUUCAUUGCUUCAUUAGUCACUGAAAUCAUUUAGUCAGAUUUUUUAUUUAAAUAACGCGAAACAACAUUGUCCAAAAUAAAUAUGUAUAUAGCUGGUUUGUACGACUUAUUUGUUGCUAAUUGUCUCAAAUAAUGACUAAAACAGGCAGCAUUGAAUUGAUUUUAUAAAAUUGCUUACUUUUUAAGCAUUUUCAGUUUCAUAUCUGUCCAUAUAAAACUGAAAUGCCAUAAGAAUAAUAUGGCAUGUCCACAAAAAUCUCGUGAUCAUGCCAAAUGUAUUAUUGGACACUAUGCUAAUUUUGGUUUGUUUACCUACAAAACAAAGAAUAUAUUGCAUGUUUAAUACAUGAUUCUUUUAUGAAA